AUGGGAGGCUCAGGGCACCAGAAACGGCGCAUCUAUGAACGCUACAAAAUCAUCGGCUUCAUCAGCAGUGGCACUUAUGGGCGUGUAUACAAGGCCUCGUCUCGCAGCGGACAGGUUGCCGAAUUCGCUAUCAAGAAAUUCAAGCCUGACAAGGAAGGUGAAAUAGGUUACACUGGCAUUUCGCAGUCCGCCAUCCGGGAGAUGGCCCUGUGCACUGAACUCUCACAUCCAAACGUUGUGCGCACCGUUGAGAUCAUCUUGGAAGACAAGUGCAUUUACAUCGUUUUUGAAUAUGCCGAACAUGAUUUACUGCAGAUCAUCCACCAUCAUACUCAGUCAAAUCGGCAUGCUAUCCCUGCGAGAACCAUCAAGUCGAUCAUGUACCAGCUGCUCCAGGGCUUGCUGUAUUUACACCGCAACUGGGUCAUGCAUCGGGACUUGAAGCCGGCCAACAUCAUGGUAACGAGCGCUGGCGAGGUCAAGAUCGGUGACCUUGGUCUGGCCAGAUUGUUUCAAAAACCACUCAAUACGCUGUUCACAGGAGACAAGGUUGUCGUCACGAUAUGGUAUAGAGCCCCAGAGCUUUUGCUUGGAAGCAGACACUACACGCCCGCUGUCGACCUGUGGGCGGUCGGCUGCAUCUUUGCCGAGUUGCUCUCCUUGAGACCGAUAUUCAAGGGUGAAGAAGCAAAGAUGGACAAUAAGAAGACAGUUCCGUUUCAGAGAAACCAGAUGCAAAGGAUCGCAGAGAUAUUGGGUGUGCCAACUAAGGAACGCUGGCCACUGCUUGCAAGCAUGCCAGAGUACCCUCAGCUCGCAAGUUUGGCCGCUGGCAAUCCUCGCGUUUCCAAUCCGCAAGGGCUCGACAACUGGUAUUGGUCCACCCUUCAAACGUACAAGUACCCGAAGGACGAUCCAACCAAAAGCCCAGGAGCGGAAGGCUUGAAUCUGCUCAAAGGUUUGCUGGAAUACGAUCCGACCAAACGCCUCACUGCCGAAUCUGCUUUGAAACACAACUACUUCACUGCGGAUGGAGAAAGGCCGACAGAGAACUGUUUUGAAGGCUCCAACAUAGACUACCCACUCAGAAGGGUAAGUCAAGAGGACAAUGAUAUCCGCACCUCUAGUUUGCCAGGUACCAAGAGGAGUGGUCUGCCAGACGAUUCGUAUCUCAGUCGUCCAGCAAAGCGGCUAAAACCUGAUUUGUAA